CUUUGGCUCCUUGUUGCCGUGGGGCUGGUUGCCAUGGACUCCCAGAGGUGGCCUGCAUCGGAGCGCGGCGGCUGCUGCCAAACCAUAGUGGGCUACGCGGGCUGAGAUGGUGGAUCGGCUGCUGGGUUGGUUGGGGACGUCGAGUGCGCGGCCUCCUUCCUGCCAUGUCUCAGGGACCAAGCGAGACCGCCACCGAGCUGGAGCUGGAGCUGGAGCUGGUAGAAGAGAGUCUCUCUGCAGCUACCUACGGAUCUGAUACUGAAACGAAGCCGAAGAAGAAAUCGUCUCGCAAGCCUCCGAAAUCCCCAAAGUCUCCUUACUCCUCAAGCACCUGCCUCCAUCCCAAGAAGCCUUCAUUCCUGAGAUCCUUCAAGGGGGCGGAGAGCAGACGUUUCGACAUCCCUUUGGGGAAGGCUUCGAAGCUGUGGCGAGAAUCUCUGAGACAAGAUGCGUGGGUCCGCCAGACGAAAUCAGACCCCGAUGUGGGCCUUGCACGGUCCGCUCUGUCUGACGACACUCCAGAAUAUCUGAAGGAAGCCCUGGGCAUGAAGAAGCCAAAACAUGCUCGUUUUGCCACCAAUGGCUACAUCCCGGGAACUCCGAACUACAAAGAAAAGGAAGAGAUGUACGAUGAGAUCAUUCAGUUGAAAAAGGAAAUACAGGCUCAGAAAUGCGAAGCGGAUCAAAUGAAAACAAAGCUCCGGCGACUGGAAGAAGAGAAUAACCGAAAAGACAGACAGCUGGAGCAGUUGCUGGAUCCCUCCCGGGUAAGCUGCGUGGGCUCAGAGUUUAUUGGUGUGUGGACAGAGCCAAAGAACCACAGCAGCUGGGUGAUCAACAGUUUGAAACAGAAGAUUCUCAAGCUGGAGCAGCAGUGCAAAGAGAAAGACAACACCAUCAACAAACUGCAGACAGACAUCAGGACCACAAACGCAGAAGAAAUGCGGAUUUCUCUGGAGACCUGCUAUGAGGAAAUCCAGAGGCUCCAAACCCUGGUGGUGAAAUCAAAGUCAGUGGGACAGAAAUCUCCUCCUGAAAGGAGACACCAGAAAGUGCUCAACGCGGCCAUCUUGCAGUUAUCCAAGAGCAUCAAAGAUCUUCAAGAAGAGAACCGGAACCUCAAAGCGGACCUGCACCAGGUGCUGAGAAGCUCCCCUACCUCCGGUAAAGCAAAGAAUUACACCCAAUGGAGCCGGCAGAGGCUGGUGCGGCAGAUUUCCAAACUGGAAAAAAAAAUAGCUGAGAUGGAGAACACCCAGCCUCAGUUCUCAGAGAACAGCACGUUGCUGUCAUUCACUCCGCCCGCUUCUGCUCACCUGGGUCAGCCAGGUGCUAAGGAACCGGACGCCAAAAGCGAGGGCGACCAUGUCUGCAGGCUGGCAAAGAAACUGCAAGGCCAGCGAGUCAUCCUCCGGAAUCAAGUGGCGGCUAAAGAGGAAGAGAUCCAAAAGCUGAAUGAGAAGGUGAAGGAACUGGAAGCCAAGCAAAGAAUGAGCUGCGGGCAGGCUGAACUAGAUACGCCAGGGCCUCCCGUUCAGAGCCAGCCAGAAUCGGCCGCCAGCAGCCACCAAUGCCAUCCAGCGAGCACCCCACACUCGAGGGGUUCACUCUCAAGGCGCUCACCACCAUGUUCUCCCCCACAUCACAGAAAGGAACAAGCGGCUCGGAUCAUCCAGAGGCAGUGGAAGGCAUAUAAAACCAAGAUGGAAGAGGCUGAGCUGGAGAAGGUGGCCACUGUUCUCCAGGCCGUUUUCAGGGGACAUUUAGCUCGGCAGAAACUAUCAGCCAGUAACGUGCGAGGUCGGAAUUCUCCCAGCGCUGGAACAAAGGACACCGUUGAUGUGCGCAGGCCCCUCUCUUCAAGAUCAGAAGCAGGCAGCAAAGUAGAUGAAGAGGACUUGAGACUCAUCCAGUCUGUUUUCAGGGCUCAUUCCACACGUAUUCAAUUGGAGGAAAGACCGUCAAACUCUCACCUGGCAAAUGAGGAGGCAUGCCCAGCAGCUGACCCCGGAGAGAGAAAGCCAGUCUGGUCGCCAUUUAAAUACUCCCCUUUAGUCUUCACCGCACGGAGUCCUGCCAUGCCUUCCCCUAGACACCUGCAGACCUCGCCUGCUCCGCCGGCAGACGAGGUUCACUCGGACGAUUCCGAUGAUAUCAUCACCGUGUCUGUGGCGCCGGGGAAGAAAAAAGCGCCAUUGGAUUCGAGCAGCUCUCUGUCGCGUUCUCUCUUGCACUCCUAGCUGCUUGGGAGUGGCUAGGAUGUUUUGGGAUGAAGGGAUGGAAUUGUGCCACGUCCGGACUCCCGAUGAGGAUCACAUUUUGGAAUGCUCCAUUGCCAAUCGAAAGCUUAAGCAGCCGGGGGUGGAAAAAGCUAGAACCUUCCUCUUUAAUGGGUUGUUUUUUUAACCUGCGGGAAAUUUUUGAGCAUUCCGAAAGGAUCCCUUCAGCCUGAAGUAUGGUGCUCCGUUCUGCCACCUUAUGAUUCUGCUAUUUUCUUCCACUUGUAGAUGUCUUUUUUUUUUGCUUGCCCAGGCAAUGUUAUUUAGACGGCUGUCCUGAGUUUGGAAAAAGAGCCACAGAAGCUUAAGGUCACAGGUUUUGAAGGAGCUAUGGCUACCAGUCUUGAUCCUCCUUGCUCUGAGAUUGCAAAUGCCUUAGCAGUCCAGGUGCUUGGGAGCAGCAGCAGCAGAAGGCCAUUGCUUUCACAUCCUGCCUGUGAGCUCCCCAAGGCAUCUGGUGGGCCUCUGCGAGUAGCAGAAUGCUGGACUAGAUGGAUUCUGGUCAGAUCCAGCAGGCUCUUUCUUAUGUUCUAAUGAUGCUGGAGAGGCCAGCCUUUUGAACACACUUGAACUUGCCUUAUGCCAAGUCAGACCCUUAGUCUGUCCAGAUCGGUUUUGCCUUUUCUGAUUUGCUGAGGCUCUCCGGGGUCUUGGGUAGAGGUCUUUCACAUCACCCGUUCCUUGUAACUGCAGAUGUCAAGGUUCUGCAUGCCAAGCAGAGGCUGUACCACUGAGCCACUAUAAAGGCAUUUCCCCACUG